AUGGAUUACUGGCGGAUUGGUUUACUGGGUGAUUGCGAUGUUGGCAAGACCACGCUGGCAAAGCAGUUCACCCUCAACUGCUUUCUUGAAGAAGAAGAAGAGACAUUUCGCAAGCAGCUCGUGGUCGAUAACAGGAUGUGCUUCCUCGAGUUACUCGAUCCGCACUGGAAGUCAGAACCUCUUCAGAGCGACCACCACGUUCUCAAGGAAUGCGACGGUUUCCUGCUCAUCUACUCCAUCGCUUCCCGCACCUCAUUUGAUGGUAUCGACGUCUAUCAUCAAGCAUUACUAGAAUCUGCCGCUCUAAAGGGACCAACCAAACCGGUCUUCAUCCUAGUCGGGAACAAAAUGGACAAACAAAGUUAUCAGGGUGAGGUCACUCGUGACGAGGGGGUCGCAAAGGCGAAAGAGCUUGGCUGUCAGUUUUUCCAGACGUCGGCGAAGACGGCUCAGAACGUAGAGAGGGCGUUCAUGGAGGUGAUUCGACAGUUGCGACAGCGGCCAGGGACAGCAAAGAAGGGAGACCAUGUGCCGCCGAAGACACGUAGGGUGAUGCUGGGCCGGGGGAGGUCGUGCAUUGUUAUGUGA